AUGCUACUCCAUAGGAGGAGUACGAAGGAGAACAAGCGGAAGGAUCCCAUUGCUUUCGUCUGCGGCGUCGGACAGACGAUGUCCACACGCUGGCUGGAGCUGAAACGAGGCAGGAAAAGGCCAUAUAUCUACCGACAGUCGGGGGAUAGCUCUUCUGCUUCAUUAUCCUCCUGUUCACAGGGACGAAACGCACGACAUGGGAAAGGAUCGAAGGAUGCGAUUGUGUACCAGGCAGAGGAAGAUCUCAUCCGCCAGAUUCUGCCUUUGGGCGCGAUGCUGGAUACCGCAGGGUUACAUUGUAGUAACCCAACCCAGCGGAGCCAGCUACGCUCGGCAGAAGUACGAUGGUGGCCUGAACGUCGUUUCGUACAGGAGCUCCUGUUAGACGGCGAGUCUAGCCUUCCAUGGCCGUUUCAAUGUCCAUAG